AUUGUUCAAAUCGCUCGGCUGCUGGUCUGAGGCAAGUACGCGCCUGCACUUACUCAACCAGAUCUUUUACAGUUCUACCCAGGUCCUAUCCAGCCAGGAGGUAAAUUCCAACACACUGCAGUCAUCUCACCACCACCGACGUUCUGGCUUGUCUUCAAAAUACUCAGUGCCUCUUGGGAGUGUGUUGUGAGUUUAAGCCGAGCCCCUUGGUAUCUAAAGUUAGCACAGACUGGCUAAAAAUAGUCCUCCAUGUCAGAAAGUACAAGCAGAAUGAGAGUCACUUUCUCAUCGGUUCCAGGGAGUUGAACAAAGCUUUUUUUCUCUCUCUCUCGCAACAAGCCUGGCUUUAACGAGCAACUGCUUAAAUAAACAGGAAGUUUUAGUCACUAUGUGAUCUUUGACGUCAGUUGUGAAGGCAUCAAACUUACUGACCACAGUGGGAGCUCUGACACUCAGGGAGAGAGCAAGUCGGAAAGAGACAGAAACAGAGACUCGUUUCCUCCAGCCAGUGCUCAAAUGGUAACUACCUGAGAGUGUGAGGGAGUGAGCAAGCGGCAAGGCAAGUGCUUUCGAACCUGUCUGCGGGCCUGCCCCACACACGCUGGGUUGAGUCUCUCUUCCCCUGGUCAGUCAGCAGAGAGUCUUGUGCUGGGAGUUCUGACAACGUGUUCCAAGAUUGCGGCCUUCCACAGUGUCCAUGUGGUACAGAAGGUGAGGUAAAGCUGAAACUCCUGAAGACCUCUCUCCAGCCUAACGGUUCAAUCAGCCAGUCCAGUCCCCCUGCCUGUACUGUGUGUCAGCAGCCUCCCUGCUUAUAUCCAGCUUGUAAAUAUUGAGCAUUCUCUCUGCUUGUACAGUGAGAGUGUGGGCAUUCACUCUGUGCGCUGUGUGAGUGUGUGUGUGUAAGUACUGUCUCCACCUGUGUGACUGACAGAGCAAGCCAGCAUAGCAAUGCUGGAGGAUGUGCGCAGGUUCUUUGAGUCGGUGUGGGAGCUGAUCUGUGCAAAGCACAAUGAGGGCCUGUAUAACUCGAUCUGCCUGGUGGUUCUGUUGCUUCUGCCAGUCUUGCUCUUGAUUCUCAUUGUGUGUCUCUGCUGCUAUGGCUGCUGUUGUGGGCGGGACACUUGCUGCAAGUGCUGUCGGCGGCAAAAAGGCCCGACCAAGAAGAAAAACCCUGAUGACCUGUGGAUCCAAAGGCAGCCACAGCCCAUCAUGAUGGACAAUCUCUCAGUGCCAGUGUAACACUCUAUGCUCAGCUCCUCCCAUCAAAUCGAAGUAGGAGUUCAGAGCAACGUAGAGUGGGCAUCGCUGCAUCAUCUGGAGACCUGGCAGCUGACAGCACGGACACUUUCCCGAAUAUUGACCUCUGCUGUGCUGAUUGCUGAAGGAUGAAGUUGCUUAUUGAGUUUGCCAUCUUCCAGCCUGAGCUGCUGGUUAUUGUCUGACUGUUAGUGCGAGUGGGUCACUUCGCACUAGCAUCCAAGCUCCCAUCCAUCACCACAACUGCACUGUAUUCCAAAACAGUCCCUGUCUCAGUCCAGCCCUUCUCUUCAUGUCUACCUACUGUGGUUAGUCCUCUGCUAUCAAUUUAAAGAUAGACGGUUUUAUGUUAGUGUACACUGUCUGCUUGCAAUUACACCGGAAUGUCAGUCAUAUUCUGACUGCAGUUUGUACAAUUACAUAUGAUGUUUGCUGUCAUGUUAUAUAUACUGUGACCAGUACAUGUAUGGAAAUGUGACUCAGUGUAUCUGCAAUGUACAGUACAGUGGUCAAGCAUACAACCUAGUCAGUAUAUACAAUUCAUCCACACUGGCCACCUUUACUGGAGUGUGCAGUGUGGCUGGAUUGUGUAUAAUACAAUUGCUGUAAAGUAUGAGAUGUCACUGUGGUAUGUCACAGUGCCAGUGCUGAAGGCAGGGGAGGCACAGAUUCCACGGUGUUUUUAAAUGCACCGCUCCUUUCUGAGGAAUGUGCCUGAGCUCCAAAUUGUCAGCUUGUAAAGACAAUCCAUGUUCUUCCAGAACCAGGCAGCUUCUGAAAUCGACCAUUCACUGGGCUUGUGACUGUUCACUUGAAUAUUGCACUGAUGCACAGUAAAGUUACUGACAAGCUAGAAAGCUCUCCGAUUUUGUGCUUUUCAGCUUUAGACCUGUCACACUGUUUGAUAUUUUAAAAGUUCUUGAUUUGGAUGCCUAGAUCCAGUGAAGUUCAAAUGAUUCUAUUUGAAUUAUUUUGGAAUGGCUGUGUGAAUAAUCUGUCAGUCACAUCCAAUAGUAACCAAAUAAUGUGUGUUGCAUCUGUCACUGUACAGUGUCAAGCCGACACAUCAGGCAUCUGCUUCUACUUCUACAUCCUAUCGCCUAUUAUACUGUUACACACAGUCUGUAAUGUGCACUGAGUUGGUGCACGCUGGACUGUAAUGUGCACUCCUAGCUGGUAUACACUGAUCUAUAACAUGCACUCCAAGUUUAUACAUGCCAGUUAGAAACAUGCAGUCUGAGCUGGUAUAUACCCAUCUGUAAUGGGCACUCUGAGCUGGUACAUGCUGUUCUGCAAUGAGCACUUUGAGCUCGUACACGCUGGUCUGUAACAGGCACGCUGAGCUGGUACGAGUCAGCCUGUAACAGGCACGUGAGCUGGUACGUGUUGGCCUGUAACAGGCACGCUGAGCUGGUACGUGUUGGCCUGUAACAGGCACGCUGAGCUGGUACGUGUCGGCCUGUAACGUGCACCCGGUAGUGGUGCACUGUUCAAGUGAGAUCUAGCUGAUGUGGAUUCAUUCCCUGAUUCACGUGCCCCAAUGUGUGUCUGCAGUUGGCACUCUGCAUGUAUUGAUAUUGAGGCAAUGUAUUCUGUGUUUAGAUGUUAUAUGUAAGAUAUCUUCUAUUUUCUUCAGAUUGAUACUUAAUAUUUUGACAAAGUAAAUAUUUUGACAAAGUGAAUAUUUUGAAGGAUAGGAUUAACUGUUACAUUAAUGGAGUUGUAACUCACCUUUGUAAAAAGCCCAUUUCUACAAAAAUAUUAUUGAAUAAAUUGCAUAUGGAUCAAUUGAA